AGAAGAAAGGACUACAAAAAGAAAUUUUAGGUCGACAGGCAAGAAUCAAGGAGACGAACGAUAAAAAAUGUCCUUUCGGUGUGUUUGUUUACUGCUUUUGGUCGUAUGUGAUGUAAUAGAUGCACAGCUGGAUUGCAGCAUAAUUUUACAUGGGACAUAUGACUACAUCGUCGUGGGCGGUGGAACAUCCGGGUCAGUUAUUGCCUCUAGAUUGUCAGAGGAUCCAGACAUCCGGGUCCUUUUAUUGGAGGCUGGAAAAGCGGAUGACGAAACAUUUGAAAGUCACGUGAUCGACACCCCAGGUCUUUCCAACAGCCUCGUCGGAAGCAGUGUAGACUGGAAAUACGAGACAGAACCUCAACAGCAUUGUUGCGAUGGCGUCAAAGACAAGAAAGUCAGGUUAUCACGUGGAAUGGUUUUAGGAGGUACAUCAGCGAUUGAUUCAAUGGGACACAUCAGAGGAAGUGAGCACGUUUUCGACGAAUGGGAGCAGUCGGGAGCAGAGGGCUGGAACUUCACUGGUGUAAAAGAUUUCUACAAGAUGGCAGAGGAUGUGAACAUUAAACGCGUUCCACUGACAACUCACAGAGGACAAUGUGGGCCUGUACACGUUAUGGAACAAAAAGAUGACUCCUUGAGGUAUUCUAUGUUUAAAGCUGGAACGACAGAAAUGGGCUGGCCAGUGGUGGAGUGCAAUAUUGGAGAGAACAUUGGUCUUUGUCGGAGCCAGCUAACAAUAAAGCAUGGGAAUCGUAUCAGUUCUGCAAAAGCUUAUCUUAACCCCGUGAAAAAAAGGGUUAACUUAGAUAUCCAAACAGAGGCAAAAGUUGUAAAGAUCUUAAUUGAUGAGUAUGAUCUCCGAGCAACUGGAGUGAUAUUUGUCUACAAAGGAAAGGAUUACACCAUCAAAGUGCGACAUGACGUUAUUCUGGCCGCUGGUCCCAUAGAAACACCUAAACUAUUAAUGCUUUCUGGCAUAGGAAAACCAGAUCAUUUGUCUGCCCUGAAUAUAACUGUUUUAGAGGAUUUACCCAUUGGAAAUAAUUUACAAGAUGGUUACGUAGUGCCUCUACGGUUGUACGUUAACCUCCCAACAUAUCGACCGGACAAACCCAUGGAAAACGUACAGAGAUGGAGAGAUUACAUCUAUCUUAGACGAGGUGAAUUAGCAGAUGGACUCCUUGAUGCACAUUAUUUUUUGAGAACGUUACCAAGCAAACCAACACGAUAUCCAGACAUUACAAUAUCUGUUGUCAACAUGUUGCCAGAUAAUGACCACUCACUAUUAAUGAAGAUGAACGUGGGAAAACAUUUGAGAGACACUUGGUAUAAACAAGGAAGAGGGAAGAAUGGUGUCUUGUUGGAACUAACUUUAAUGCAUGCUAAAAGUCGUGGAACAGUCCGACUUAGAAGUGCUGACCCCAACGACCCACCAAUCAUAGACCCCAACUACCUAGCAGAGUCUGAAGAUGUGGAGGAUCUACGAAAAGGUAUUGAAUUCAUUCAAAGGCUUGCCAAAACUGGCGCAUUCAAAGCAGUGAAUUCGGAGUUAGAGGAGAAAUUUGCAGAAUGCGGAAAUCACCCAGCCAACUCUCAGGCUUUCUGGAGGUGUUAUAUUCGAUAUUUAGGAUACAGUUCAAACGAACUUGUGGGGACUGCACGAAUGGGUAGACUAGAAGACAAUACUACAGUGGUAGACAGUUCUUUACGAGUAAAGGGAAUAAAGGGUUUGAGAGUAGCAGAUGCAUCGAUAAUGCCACAGAGUACAGGAACAACUCGAGCGUCGGUGAUCAUGAUUGGAGAGAAAGCUGCAGAUAUUAUUAAGAGAGAUUUCAAAGAGUCUAAGGAAAACAUCUAUAAGCCCCAUGCAUUUAUAAAAGCAAGUAAAACAGCAGAAAUGAAAAAUUUAGAUCCACUUACAUCAAGCAUUUAUGACACAAAACAAUCUCUUGUCAAACUUGAGAACACGAAACCUCUAGAUCCAGUGACAUCUCCACUGAACACGGCAUCAGAGACUGAUCUGUUGAGUAUGUUUGAACAACUAGUAAUGGAUCCCAUUACAGAUCCAAGCCCACCUCUAGGAACCGAAGCAGGAAACCUGGGCAUUGGUACUCAUUUAGCCUCGGGGAUCUUAGAUAAAUCUGGUCGCCUUUCGGAGAAUGCUUUAUUACAGAUUGUAGGAGCUUCAUCGGGAUCCACAAAAUCGACAGCAGGUGAAAUAUCUGCUUUGGCAAGCACUCAAAAUGCUGCUGAUCAACCAGCGGAUAAACCAAGUGCGACGGCUAAUUUCGUCAAGGCCGCAAGAAAUACUAUCAAACAGGCAAAGAGUCCACACAUUAAGGAUUCUGCAAGUCCAGAUAUUUUCUCAGAAAUCCAGAAUCUUUCUCUAGAUUUGCAAACUACUUCAAAAAACAAUAAACCAUCUCUUUCACCUAAGGUUAAUACGUUGAGUAUUGAGAGAUCCAAGAUUCCAGCAACUACCAGAAAAAAUCCUGAAAAUUCUAAAGCAGAAGCAACAAAACAAAAACCAGUUAAGAAAAAUGGGAAUUCAAUAGUUAAACAGAAAUCCGCUCAGUCACAUCCAAAAGUAAAACACCGUAUAAUUGAUAUGCAUUCAAUAAUGAAAGGGCAGUCUGCUCCUAGUUCAGUAAAAAGAGUUAUUGAUAUGCAUUCCCUUUUAAAUAGUAAACCGACUGUCUCUGUAGAUGCUACAAAUCCUCAGUUACCGCUUACCCUUGAUGGUGUCCUUAAAGCAAAUAGUGAAAUAAAACGUCCACUGUCUGCUUCCCUUCAGAGAAGUCGUGUGUCUACUGAAGGCACCGAAUCUUUAUUUGACAAUCAUAGAGAAGUGUUCCCUAGCAGGGAGCCGGAUGUUCGAGGUUUUGGAAGCAGUGCUGGUUCACUAAUACCUAAUACUUUACACACGAGAAGAUCAAAUCGCAGGCGAAAUGCAUUAACAGGAAGUGUCUUUCCAUGAAAAAGUAAACUUUAUAACUAAAACAGACUCUUUAACUAAAGGGAGAUUAUUUAUUUGGUGUACAGGAUGACAGAAAUAAUAAAUCAAUUUUAUUGGUGAAAGAUAUGUGUAACAGCUGUUUCAGACAUCUUUUCUGUUUGGUCGGUUUAAUAUUCGUAUAAACAUUCAUAUAAACCUGAAAAGUAGAAAAAAAAAAGUCUUUUAUCUAUGCAUAAUGUUGCCACAAUUUCAAUCAUAAUGAAUUCCAUUGAUCACGAAUGCUCUAUCUUCAAAGACAAUUACAAAACAUGAGUCUUUGACAUCAGGUGUGUGAUUGAACUAAUUAAUUAGUUGUUGUGUUAAUGUCAAAUAGGACUUACCAAUCUUUUGGUUUUUGUACAGUUGUGCAUUUUCUUUGAUUUGUUUACAUAAUUUACAACAGUGCUUUCUGUAAUCGUCACAAAACAACUCGGGUUGGUUCGUGUAAAGACAUUUCUGCCUCCAAGAGCAGUGCUCGUAUUGUCCAAAGUCAUCACACUCCUCACCUUGACCUGAAAUAUAUCCACAAUGAUAUGUAUUGGUAAGAAAUCGUAAACACCAAAUACAAAUAUGUAAUAGGAUGAAGAAAUAAAUUCAAGUAUUUGUCCAGCAAAAUAUGUAAAGGUUAGUAAAAGAUAAGAGACCAUACUCAGUUAAACCCUGCAGUUAUGCCCUACAUGAUACACAUGUAUGAACAUGUCCAUUAGGAUGUGUGACAGACUAACUAUAAGUGAAAAUAGAUACCAGACAAGAACAUAUAUGCUAUAUGAGCUGCUAUGUAACCGUAUGAAAAGAGACACAAAUAUAUCCAGCAUAUAUGCCAAGGUUAGGAAAGAUAGACACAAAACACAAAUAUGUUAGGCAUGAUAUGUAAUAGCUAGAGAAGGACACUAGACACAAUCAUGUCAAAAACGUGACGGUAUGUAAGAAUACACCUCAGAAAGAUAAAUAUUCAACAUGGCAUGUAGAUUUUGAAAAAAAAUAUAUAUAUAUACAUACGAAAAUAUAAUGGAUUGAUAAGAGAAAUACCAGGCUAAAAAUAUACAUGUAUCAAGCCUAUAAUGUUUCUGUAAGAAGAAAAUAUAUACCUUUAGUUACAAAUUUAUAGCUACAUUAAUUGUAAGGGUUAUCAAAAAUAUACACCAUACAUUAAGAUAUCUGGCAUAAAAUGGUACGGUUAGUAUAAAUGAAAGCUAAAAAAAUAUUCUGUAUAGCAUGUCACAUAUACAAAAUAUAACAGUUGGUGAGGAAACGGUAGAUUAUGCAGCAUAAUCAUUUAGUCUCUCGUGUUAAAUCGUUCAUCAUUUCCAGUGCUUACAUAUUUUUUUCAUUUUUAUGCAGUCACAACAAAUUGCAAUAAAUUAAACUAAUUCGUCUUUAAAACUCUUAUUGUCGAAAGUAUUCUCUGCUAACUAUGAUUUUAAAAAAUAUUAUGAUUUAGAGCUUAACGAAAAAUGUUGAUGGGUACAAAUUGAUGGGGAUUCUUAUAACCAUGUAUGCCUUUCUUAUAUGUAGAAUGUCUUUAAUGUAUGGCUCUAUUGACUGUGUUUUUUGUGUAUAAGUUUAUGUAUAGCUGUUUUAUAUUAUCAGUAUUUGAAUUGUAAAUUAAAUGAAUAAAUAAUUCAAAAAAUUG